CUAAAUUUGUGUUUACAACUAGAAUAAUAUUAUAUAUUUCUAGAUUAGAUCAGUAACCGGCCAAGUUCAAUAACAUAUAAGAGUUAUGAAAAGUAGCUUGUGGUGUGACGAUGAGGAUGAUGUUAGAUCUAACUCUGCCUUGGGAAAGAAGUGUAAAGACAGCUUUCCAUUAGUGAAGAGCAUCGACGCGUUUCCAAAAGCACGGGAUGCUUCCAGCAAGAAAGCGCAGGGAUGGGUGAGCCCAUCCUUUGGUGACUUUAGAACUGACGCACAGUCUAGCGUCAGUAGAAAGCGAUCCAGAGAUGGCAACAGGAAGACCGAUCACAAGUCUAUUACCGUUGGCAGAAGGGAUGUUGACGACACCAUGCUUUGGUCAGAUAAGUACAAGCCCACUAAUAAGGACGACCUGGCUGUUCAUAAGAAGAAAGUUGCAGAAGUGGAAGAUUGGUUGCUUCAGCAAUUCGGGCAUGCGUCUAGAAAGGGAGCAGGAAUACUCCUGCUGGCUGGUCCGGCGGGAGCCGGGAAGUCGACGAGUGUGCGUCUGCUAGCGUCCGAACUCCGGAUGGAGGUCCAGGAGUGGAUCAAUCCGCCGACGUCAACGUAUCGGCCCGAGUGGACGCCGCAUUCGUCCGACUUCACGGAGUAUGGCGAAUCGCAGGCGACGCAGUUUCGUGAGUUUCUGCUACGAGCCAACAAGUACCCGGCUCUACAAAUGCUGGGCAGUGUGGCGAGUGAAAGAAAAAUCGUACUAGUGGAGGAUUUCCCAAAUGCUUUCUUCAGAGAUAGUUCAAAUUUUCACAGAAUACUCAGCAAGUACGGCAGCACGGCGCAGAGUCCCCUGGUGUUCAUCGUCAGCGACAGUCAGGGCGGAGAGUCGAACGUACAGAAGCUGUUUCCGCGAAACGCUCAGGCCGACCUUGGCAUCCACUGCAUCAGCUUCAACCCUGUGGCGGCGACGUCCAUGCUAAAGGUGCUGGCGCGUGUCGCCGCGGAGGAGGCGGCACAGGGUAGACACGACUUCCCCGCGCCGAGUGCGGACGUGAUGUCGGCGCUGGCGGACGGAAGUUCGGGCGAUCUCAGAGGCGCCCUCAAUGCGCUGCAGUUUGCCUGCUUGCGAGACACGUGCGACCUGGCAGGGGGCGCCGGCGAUGGCAGCGGACGCCGCACGGAGCCGAGCAGACGCGCCGCGAAGUCUCGGACGGCGGGGAGGAGGAGGAGGAAAGAGGCGGUUCGCGCAGUAGGAGGAGGCGAGGAGGAGGCGGAGGCGGGGGGAAGCAUAGGAUGCCGAGACACGACGCUGUUCCUCUUCCGCGCGCUGGGGAAGGUUCUCUACUGCAAACGUGAGCCACCAGAUGGAGACACAGAACAGGAAGUGCUCCCGCCACACUUGGCGCAUCACGCGCGCCGCAGGCUGCAGUGUGUGCCCGAGGUAUGA